AUGGAGACCAAACUGCGAGAACGUUGGCAGCGCUUUGUCCCCUCAUUGGAGCAUAUGGAUUCACCAUCGGAGAGGCGGCCGUCCAGUGUCUGGUCGCGGAGAGAGCAGCAGGAGCGUGUUCUAAUCAAGCCGCAAGCAGUAGAUGCGGUGAUUGAUAAAGCCUACUUUAUGUGUUUUGGCCAGCCUAGUGCUUUGUCGCCCACUCACACCGUCAUCACAGCUACUCUUGCUAUGCCGUUAUAUGGCACAGGACCGAUUACGUUCCCAGCAGUCACCAAGACUAGCCACCAGACCUCGAUCCCGACAGCAAUCUCCAGAGAGACUCGGUCGUCGGUAUCGCUUCCAACAACGCUGGUCAAGGAUACGACUUCGUUAUCUAAGCCUGGACCGCCUGUAACUGGAUCUACAGCUAAACCUACGGCUACCACCACACUUAGACGAACAACCAAACCAUCGACUACCGCAUUUCGAUCGUCGACGUCGUCUCAGGCCGAGGUUUUAACAACUGAUCCAACGGGCCUGGCAUUCACCAAGACUACCACAGCCACAACUGAGACCAGUACAAGUACCAAUGUUCCCGAUGGUAUAGUUGGCGGACAGAGUGAAAAGAAGGCCUCGGCAUCUCUCAGCAAUGGACAAGUAGCUGGUAUUGCUAUCGGCUCUAUUAUCGGCAUAGGACUUAUCGGUGUUGGAAUUGCACUCUUCUGCCGUCUUCGAAGAAGAAGAUCUCAGUUUGGUAGGAAGAUGAGAAAGGAUGGACGGUUACUGAGAGAUUCGUGGGGCCCAGAAAAGCCCAACGGUGGUGGAGGUACCGACUCCUGGAUUGUCAAUCAACUCCGAGCGCCUCUCGAUCCUGGCCCUGUGCCUACUCCGACAAAAUCGUGGUAUAACAGAGCGAGCUGGAGGCCUAGCGCCAUUGGACUGGCGAUAUCGCCUGCACGCACAAGAGAUGUAACUCGGGCAACGACGCCAACAUCGGCGAGGCCACUAUCCAAACUGCUUCCUGCCAAACCGGUGAUGGGCCAAGGACCACCCAGGCUGGAAGUAUCGCUGCCUAGCCGAGACGGAGACUCUCAUUUCAAUGCCAAAGCAUUCAUGGGUGCGGCCGCAGCUGGUGCAGCUUCAGGAGCUGUCAUGAGCGGUGCUAUGGCUGCGUCCUCAUCGCCUAAGCCUGCACCUCUACCCAAGGUACGGCCUAUGGCGCAAGCCGCGACUCGUGAGCCAACAGCGACCAAUCAAUUCAUCAAACCUCGAAAUCUUACACCCCCUCGAAUUGUGAUCCCCCCUCCAAGUCUCGCAUCUCCUCGAAGCAAGCCUCAAUCGCCUUUACUGAAGCUGAUCAUCCCAAAGAAAGGGACCUUCAAACCCUUUGUGCCCAUACCUGUCACCAACACGAGGCAUGAUAGUUCGACUACAGAAUUUGAGGAGGAUGGUAGGACGUCACUUUCGCCUGGUGGCCAAAUCUGGAGGCCACCUUCAGCCGAUCCUCUCUCAGCUGCCCCUUACUACGUUGCGGAUAGGAAUGGUAACUGGAAACUUGGUGACCCAAGACGAGCCCAGGAGAUUGCAGAGCUCGAGGCCUCUAUAAGCCCAUUGACGGCUGCUCCCAAGUCUGCAGCACCCAAGUUAGUCGCUGGCCUAGGGUUGGCCUCAGGAGCAGCUGAGGCUUUGGAGCUUGUAAAAGCUGCAUCUAGACGAGAGGCAACCAAAGCAGCCGCGAAAAUCAAGGCUGCUGAACAAGCCAGGGAAGACGGCCUAGGCAUAAGAAUGGCCCCAGAGAAAACAAUCAGAGCCGUUGAACCAUCGCUUUCAUCAGACGAAGAAAUUCAAGAGCAGGAACAAGACCAACAACCAUAUGCUCCACGACCCCUUUUCUCGAACAACAGUAACAGCAGCAACGUCCCUCGCCGCUUGUCAUCCCACCGUCGGUCUUCGACACGGUCUCUGACCCGUCCUCGAAUUACUUCUACCGAUAGUGGCGUGACCACUUUUUCGACUUCCACAGAAGAUGAUGCCGAGUUGAGAUCACCACCCGGAAUGGAGCAGUUGGGUAACCUCUCUCCUGUAGUUGAGUCUCCGCGGUCUCUACGACCUAGAAGGGGUCAAUCGCCAACGCAAUAUCCCAAGAUUCCAGCUAGCCUCAACGCCGCGAUGCCCUCUUCGGGAAACUUGAACAUUGAGAUGGCUACUUCCAAGGGCGGAAAUGCAGCAGCGCCAUCCACUAAGCCUGCCACGGCCGAUCGCCCUGCGCAGAAAAGCCCGAGUUUUGGAGCACCGCUCGCCGCUGCCACCAUGUCUUCGAAUGAAAAUACAAAGCAACAGGGGAAGAGGCCCAUGGGAAGUGAUGCCAUAGGAGCUCCCAACGCCAUCAGAACCGGCUCGCCCAUGAUGAGAAUGGAAGGCUCAACAUCACAAUCAGAUGAAAGAUAUCAGGGGCCGCGCAGUCAAACAUCUCAGCAACCCAACUUGUCUGCUCAGCCAAACGCCUCUUCUCGGCCAUUUCCCCCACAGCAAAGCCAGCAAUAUCUUGCACCGGCUUACCAAAGGCCGACGGGUGCAAACAACUACCACAUGCCCUACCGGCUCCCUCCUCACCCAUCUGCCUACAGGCCCAACAUCGAUUCUUCUGGUUAUCCGUACCAGACUCGCCUCCCAGAGUUCAACCAGGGCCCCAUGACUUACAACAUGUCCUACGCGCCUCAACCAAACAGAUAUCCGCAUCACCAUCCGCGUGAUCACCAACCUCCCUUUACACAGCAGUCCUCUUCUGCCCGGCCUAUUUCGCAGCUACCCCAACAAAGGCAACAGCCAAGCCAGCGGCCACAACAGCAGCCUCAGCAACAGCAGCCGCGAGCACAGAGAUACCAACGGCCACCAUCUCUAGGACGCAUGCCGCCACAGCAGCAGCAGCAACAGGAUUUCUACCCCCAACAACCUUCCACUUCUGCCUCCUCCCACUACCCAAGCGACAUCCCCCAAGGCCCCCUCCUCACCAGCACUUCCACCUCCACCUCCACCACUUCCAGCACCGACUCCCAGUCAUCCUCUCUGCUCGCCAAACGCCUCGGCACCUCCCGCGCCGCCAACAUGGCCCUCCCCGUCCCCCAACCCAUAACAACCUCAUCCUCGCAAAACAAAUGGCUUCGCCAGGGCCAACAAGGCCAGCAGCAGCCAUCCACGCCGAAAAUGCCUCCGCCGCCACAGCAACCCGCCGAGUUGCCCGCAACGCCCGUGUGGAAGCCGCGUUUGACGCCCACAAGACGCGGAGAGGACUUGUACUUGAUUGCGCGGUAG